GGCGGCGGGAGCGGCUUUGGCCGCGGCCGGAGACUGAAGCUAAGGCGGCGGUGGAGAAGGAGGAGGAGAGAUGACGGUGGCGGCGAAGGCGAUGGCGACGCGGGGCACAUGAGGCGGCGGCCGGCGGGACGGGCCGAGGCCCGGCGGAGGAGGCGGUUCCGGGGGACCCCGCCGGCAGAGGGAAUCUGGAAAACUUGUAAGCAAAACAUCAUUUCUCUUAGAAAAUUUUGGAUAGCAGAAAUUCUGGAUAACAGGGCGAACCAGUUCAGUCACCAUGAGCUGGAGCUUCCUCACUCGCCUGCUAGAGGAGAUCCACAACCACUCCACGUUUGUGGGGAAGAUCUGGCUCACUGUAUUGAUCGUCUUCCGGAUUGUCCUUACAGCUGUAGGAGGAGAGUCCAUCUAUUACGACGAGCAAAGCAAGUUUGUGUGCAACACAGAGCAGCCAGGCUGCGAGAACGUCUGCUAUGAUGCCUUUGCACCCCUCUCCCACGUGCGCUUCUGGGUGUUCCAGAUCAUCCUGGUGGCCACCCCCUCAGUGAUGUACCUGGGCUAUGCCAUUCAUAAGAUUGCCAAAAUGGAGCACGGUGACGCAGACAAGAAGGCCGCUCGGAGCAAACCCUAUGCAAUGCGUUGGAAACAGCACCGGGCUCUGGAAGAAACAGAAGAGGACCAUGAAGAGGAUCCCAUGAUGUAUCCAGAAAUGGAAUUAGAAAGUGAAAAAGAAAAUAAAGAUCAGAGCCAAUCUAAACCUAAGCAUGAUGGCCGACACCGGAUUCAGGAGGAUGGGCUCAUGAAAAUCUAUGUGCUGCAGCUGCUGGCAAGGACCGUGUUUGAGGUGGGCUUUCUGAUAGGGCAGUACUUUCUGUAUGGCUUCCAAGUCCACCCAUUUUAUGUGUGCAGCAGACUUCCUUGCCCUCAUAAGAUAGACUGCUUCAUUUCCAGACCCACUGAAAAGACCAUCUUUCUUCUGAUAAUGUAUGGUGUCACAGGCCUUUGCCUGUUGCUUAACGUUUGGGAGAUGCUUCAUUUAGGAUUUGGGACAAUUCGAGACUCACUAAACAGUAAAAGGAGGGAACUGGAAGAUCCGGGUGCUUAUAAUUAUCCUUUCACUUGGAACACACCAUCUGCUCCCCCUGGCUAUAACAUUGCCGUCAAACCAGAUCAAAUCCAGUACACCGAACUGUCCAACGCUAAGAUUGCCUACAAGCAAAACAAGGCCAACAUCGCCCAGGAGCAACAGUAUGGCAGCCAUGAGGACAACCUCCCAGCUGACCUGGAGACUCUGCAGAGGGAAAUCAAAAUGGCUCAGGAACGCCUGGAUCUGGCAAUCCAGGCCUACAGUCACCAAAACAACCCCCAUGGUCCCCGGGAGAAAAAAGCCAAAGUGGGGUCCAAGGCUGGGUCCAACAAAAGCAGUGCUAGUAGCAAAUCGGGGGAUGGGAAGACCUCCGUCUGGAUUUAAUCUUGGCUGGGCUUAAAACUUGUGCUUUUCAUAGUUCAUGGUAAGCAGCGGCUCACUGAAUAAUGACUUCCAUUGAGUAAACAUUUGGCUCUGGUUAUUUUCAGGGAUGCUGUUGGCUCAUGAUCCAAGCUCAGGGGACUCUGAAGUGGGGGCUGGGACAGGGGGAAAGAACGGGAAACACAGUGUUCCUGGACACAUGUUCCAGCAAUAAUACAGUUGCAGAACUUUACAUUUGUGUCUUCCAGACCUGGAAAAGAACAGAUAUAUUUAAAUCAUUCUUGUUGAACAGUUUUUGUAUGUACAGUAUUAUGGUACUUUUUUUUUUUUCGUAUGAGAACGUUUUUUUGUAUUUGUAUAUUGGACCACUGUAGUUAUACUUUUAUAUUAAAGGGGAAAUAAUCCUUAA